UCACGUGACGCAUUCAUCCUUGUCAGCUGACGCUUGGCGGAACUGUAGUUUCGUCCUGCAGAUUUUAGUAAUACAGUUAUUAAAGUAGUGAAUAGUUCAGUUUAGUAGUUCUAAAGUUAGUAUUAAAUCUUUCUUGUGAUAAAUCUCUCUUCAGAUCGCAAUCAGUGCCUUAAAAACAUCAGCCAUGGCGCUCAGCGAUGCCGCCGUUCAGAAACAGAUCAAACACAUGAUGGCCUUUAUUGAACAGGAAGCCAAUGAGAAGGCAGAAGAAAUUGAUGCAAAGGCAGAAGAAGAGUUUAAUAUAGAAAAGGGACGACUGGUACAGACUCAGAGGUUGAAAAUAAUGGAGUACUAUGAGAAGAAAGAGAAACAGAUUGAACAACAGAAGAAAAUCCAAAUGUCGAAUUUGAUGAACCAGGCCAGACUGAAGGUACUCAAAGCCCGUGAUGACAUGGUUAAGGAUCUCCUUAAUGAAGCACGACAACGGCUGGCCGACAUUGCCAAAAACCCAAAUGAGUACUCAACACUGCUGGAAGGAUUGGUGUUACAGGGAUUUUAUCAGCUGCUGGAGCCCAAGGUUAUAAUUCGGUGCAGGAAGGAAGAUGUAGUGAUGGUGCAGGCUGCUGUUAAGAAAAACAUCCCCAUCUACAAAGAGACAGUAAAGCGUAAUAUUGAAGUGCGCAUCGAUGAGAAUAGCUUCCUGUCCCCUGACAUCUCAGGAGGUGUUGAAGCCUAUAACGCUGAUGGCAAAAUCAAAGUGUCCAACACACUGGAGAGCAGACUGGACCUUCUAUCGCAACAGAUGAUGCCUGAGAUCAGAGUGCAGCUGUUUGGUGCUAACCAAAACCGCAAGUUUAUGGACUAAUGGUCCGUUACUAAAUAUGCUUCAGUGGUAGUUGGGAGAACGGUGAAAUUCAAAAGCCCUGAUAAAGUGAUGACAGGGUUUGAUGGGAAGGUUUUUUUAUUUUUUAAGGUCACUUUGUGGAUUUUCUAAAAUUUCUGUUACGAUUCAUUUUAUCAUGUUUCAGGAAUUAAUUGCUCUCUUGGGCGUUUUUGCUGUUUCUCUUGAAAAAACAUGCCAAAGAACGUAGUUUGAAAUGAAAGGCUUAUCAUGUGUGCUUAUGUUACCUUAUACCUCUCCUUUGAGUGUUUUAGUGCUUUGUUUGAAAAUCAUGUCAUCUGUAGGGAAAGUGGACACCUGAAAUCUUAUCUCAGCCUGUCUGAACAAAGAGCUUUAAGCACUCAGGAAUUUAUAUUGUUAUUGCCUUAAAUGUUGUUAGCUAAGCUAGCAGCUUAACCCUCAUUCGAUGUCCCAUGGAUGCCUCUGUGCUUGUCUAUGUGUUUUCAUUUGUAGUACAACUGCAUUAUACUACAGUGAAAUAAAUCAAAUAAUUUUUAUUUAUAUUUUAAA